CCAGUCAGGUUAUAAGUGAUGAUUCGGUUUUAGUUAAAAAAUUGAAAAAUAAGCAAAGAACAAAAUUUCUGGAACCUCUAGACAAAAUGGUACCAGAAUCAAUGCCUUUUGCUAUACAGGUAGAAUGUAAUAACUUUAUAUCUAAUUUUCCAUCAUGGAAUGUAUCGAGAUUACCAUAUGGAUUGUCUCAUAGCGGAGACUGGAAAGAAAGUGAAGUUAAACUUAUAGAAGUUACAAAAAAAAUUUUGGAGACAUUUAAAAAUAUUUGGUGCAAUCCAGCCUUUCACCCUGAAUUCGUUGAGUCAUUAAAUGAAGGAACCUACGUAAAUAAUGUUGUUCCGUUAAUUAAUGCAGCUUUGUAUAAUAAUCCUUUUGGAGAAUCAGCAUUUAUCACCAUUAUCGCAAGUGCGGACAGAAGAGGUGAUGGAAGAAUGGGAAGGAAACCUAACAUUAUGUUCGUAACCAAAGACAAUGAUAAAUUUUAUGAAUUAAUGUAUUUGGAAUGUUUCCGAAUUGUUUGUACUGACCAAAAAGAAGAGGACGAUUAUGUGAAAUUAUGGCGUGAGGUUAAUGACGGGAUGUUCUGGGCGCAUAAAAGCCGCAGAUUAGAAAAAGAACAAUUUGGUAUCAUAGGAAUACAGGACGUAACAGAGU